CUGGCUGUGUGUAACUCCACACCACUGCAGACACACUCAGCCUCUAGCUGUUUUAACAACGUGCACCGGCUCCAUCAUAGAAAACAAAUAUUUUGUUUUAACAUGCUUCAGGCAAAAUAUUCACCUUUGCUUUUAUUUGUUAGCACAAUAUUGAUGGUGAGCUGUCAUAACACUGAGCGUGCUCCUGAACAAGGUGGAGAAAAUGCUGAAGCUGUCAACUUGCAAACAUUGGAGUUCACCUUUAACUCCACCAAUAUGACCCAUUUCGCCUAUGGAAUUGCUGCAAAUCUGGUUGCUGUGAUAUUGUAUGGAAGCAAUUUUGUUCCAAUCAAAAGAAUAGAGACAGGAGAUGGUAUGUUUUUCCAGUGGAUAAACUGUGCAUCUAUAUGGGUCGUGUCUCUGGUUGGAGACUUGAUUCUUAAGUCACCCAAAUUCCACCCUUUAGCGAUGCUUGGAGGAGUCUUCUGGGCUACAGGGAAUAUAGCAGUUGUUCCAAUUAUUAAAGCCAUUGGAAUUGGCCUUGGGACUUUAAUUUGGGGUGCUUCAAGUUUGUUGAUGGGCUGGGCCACUUCAAGAUUCGGCUGGUUUGGGAUUGAUUCUCAGGAUGUUUCCAGACCAGUACUAAAUUAUUGUGGAGCUGGGUUGUGUCUGCUCAGUGGCCUGAUCUUUUUCUUUGUGAAAACGGACGUCGAACUGCAUCCCAACUCUGAAUCGAUUCCAUUGCUUCUCGACAGGAGAACAAAUACAAGCAGCUAUGGACAAAGUACUUCAGAGAUCUGGAUAGAAGCCGUCGGACCAAAGACCAGGCGGUUAAUAGGCUGCCUGCUUGCUGUUGUGUCGGGCCUGCUGUACGGGUCCUCCUUCACACCCAUCCUCUUCAUAAAGAACCAUUCAUCAUGCCAUGACAGCAUGUUCCAUGGAGCCAGCGUCUAUGACCUCGACUAUGUGCAUGCACAGUGCUCCGGCAUUUUUCUUGCAAGCACAGUGUACUUUGCCAUCUACUGUGCUGCCAUGGGUAACAGGCCCAGGGUCUACUCCAGAGCCAUCCUGCCAGGUCUAUUGUGUGGACUGAUGUGGGCAUUGGCCACAUAUUGCUGGUUCCUGGCCAAUAACCACCUGAGCUCAGUCAUUACUUUUCCUAUUGUAACCGCAGGAUAUGGUCUGGUUGCAGCACUGUGGGGAUCCCUUGUGUUCAAAGAGGUUAAGGGCUUAGUCAACUGUUUAAUCUUCGCCUUGGCCUCCUGUGUCGUGCUGACUGGUUCCUUGCUGACUGCCAUCUCAAAGCUUUAAUAAUGCAGAAGAGUGUGAUGUUGAGUGAAAACAUCUGGGGAUUGUCAUAUUUACAUUAUAUACACCUAUUUCCCUGGAAAAUAUUGUUCUUGGUUUUAUAAAACUCUUUGAAUCCCCAUUAAAAUAAAUACAAAAUGCAUGAUGGUUGAGCUGAAUGUAAACAGUCUUUGCUAGAUUGGAAAAUGAUCAGUUUGUACUCUGAGCUAACAUUUGGUGGCAGUGUCUGACCUCUGUGCUUUCUGGUUGGUUCAAAGAGGAAGUUUAGUGUUGUAUUUGUUGUUUGAAAUGUAUCUGUUGUUGAAAAUAAGUUUUGUCACCUUUUUCGUUGCUGCACACAAAAUUCCCACACACGUUGAACACAUCUAAUGCUUGUUUUUGAGACACAAUUUUUAUUUAUUUUGUAUGUCACUUUUUUGCUUUUCUGACAGCAUAACAAAAUGGGUCACUACUUCUUCACAUAUUUUGCCAUUAAAACAAAUCUAAAACACUG